GACCGCAGCCGCGCACAGAGUAAAAAGCACACACACGUAUAACGUUGGUCACGCCGAUCUCCACAAAGACGAGCAACAAUGUCCGAGACUCACUUCGACGAGUACGAGCACUACAACUACGACGUUGAGAAGCACAUCCACUCGGGACACUCAGGCAAGCAGAGGAGCAAGAAGGAGGCCAGCGAGCACACGAACCACUUUGACCCGAACGGCCACUCGCGCAAGAUUGUGACCAAAAUGCAGAACACCGAGCACAACCAGAAGAACAAGGACGGGCCGGGCAAGGCCAAACCCUGAGCACGUAGCAACAGAGCAGAAAGAACCUUCGAUUCGCGCCUCUCUUCUUCUUCUUCCUUUAGUGCAAGUGCGCCGUGUCUUGAUUUUCCAGUUUGAAUUUUAUAAAAGAGAGAUAAAUAGGCGGCGAGCGUGAAAUGCUGAUAAUCUCCGUCCGCCUUCUCAGCAACAAGUACGCGCCGAGCUGACGAAGAAGAUGAGGACUUUGCUUCUGCUUUUCUCAAGUGAUAAUUUUCUUUCUGAUGAUGAUGGACUGAGUUGAUUUAUUGUAUUCCCGUUUAUAUAAUCGAGCAUUUCAGUUCACGUUAUUUUCGCUUAUUUUUUGUCGCUAUAGAUAAAUAUAAAAAAGCGUCUCUGUGCGUGUAUAUAUAAAUAAUUUUCAUAUAUACUUUGUAGUUGGUAAAUGAGUGAGUCAAAUAAAUGAUCAACAAUAUUGUUCCUAAAAAU